GAACACUGGUGUCUGCAGAGAGAUCCUUCCAGGUCGGUCACCAUGGCAGCAGAUCGCCUUCCGCCUGUCCCGGAAGUAGUGCUGUUGCUAAACCCAGUGAUAGAGGAGGCCCUGAGCUGCGGGGACAUGGCGGCGGAGGAGGAUGGAUUGCCCGAGGAGAGGUUGCUUUUCCUCCCUGAUCGCCAUGUGAGAUACUUCCAGCGCAGCCUGCAAGCCCUGCCCGAGCAGUGUGCCUCCCUGGAGACCAGCAGAUUGACCAUUGCAUUUUUUGCACUUUCUGGCCUUGAUAUGCUGGACUCUUUGCACGUGGUGAAUAAGGCAGAAAUAAUCGAAUGGAUAUACUCACUUCAAGUUCUCCCCACUGAAGACCAAUCAAAUCUUGAUCACUGUGGCUUUCGCGGCUCAUCAUGUUUGGGAUUGCCCUUUAACCCUUCAAAGGGACACGGUUUGUAUCACCCCUAUGACAGUGGUCACAUUGCAAUGACAUACACUGCUCUCUCCAGUUUGCUUAUACUGGGGGAUGAUUUUAGCCGAGUAAAUAAACAAGCCUGCCUUGCAGGUCUGCGAGCGCUCCAGCUUCCUGAUGGCAGUUUCUGUGCUGUGCCUGAGGGCAGUGAGAAUGACAUGCGGUUUGUGUACUGUGCAUCCUGCAUUUGUUAUUUGCUGGAUGACUGGUCAGGAAUGGACAUGGAAAAGUCUAUUGACUAUAUUAGAAGAAGUACGUCUUAUGAGAAUGCACUGGGACAGGGCGCUGGAUUAGAAGCUCACGGUGGUUCUACGUUUUGUGGUAUUGCUUCGCUUUGUCUAAUGGGAAAGCUGGAGGAAGUGUUCUCCGAGAAGGAGCUGAACAGAAUUAGAAGAUGGUGCAUAAUGAGGCAACAAGAUGGAUUCCAAGGCAGACCAAACAAACCUGUUGACACGUGUUACUCAUUUUGGGUUGGAGCAACUUUAACGCUUCUAGACAUCUUCAAGUAUACUCAUCUAGAGAAAAACAGAAAUUUUAUCUUGUCUACACAAGAUCGUCUUGUUGGAGGCUUUGCAAAAUGGCCAGAUAGUCACCCAGAUGCAUUGCAUGCCUACUUUGGGAUCUGUGGCUUAUCUUUGAUGGGGGAAGCAGGUAUUAAAGAAGUCCAUCCAGCUCUGAAUGUAAGCCUUCCUACAUAUAAACAUCUUCGGAAGCUCCACAACUCAUGGAAAUUAAAGGACUAUGUAAAAAAUUCAGAUGACCGGCACGUCUGUACUUGACUGACUUCCCGCAGUAUUGCAUUGAGAUGCAGAAUUGUAGCCUCACUUUUAAAGCCAUGUAUUAACCAAGUGUGCUUUUUCGUACUGGAGUCAUUCGAUCAAAGUGUUUUUGUCACUUCCCUGUACAGCAGCCUUCAGCCAUUUCUCCUUGUACCUCAAUAAAAUGUUUUGUAUGUUGACAUUACUUAUAACCCAUUAGUUCUUUGUGGAUAGCUAUUCAUUAUCUACCUGAGAUUUCUAGAAUAGAAGGGACACUACCAGCAUAUAUAUAAAAAAUUAAGUACUCUCGGAGCGCUAAAAUUUACAAUUUAUAUAUAAGGGCAAAAAUUAAAUAUAGCCUGUACUUAAUUACAAAUUGAUGAUGUACUAUGUACAGAAUUAUUAUAUAUUCCAGCUACAACACUUCAAUGUGUUCCCUUCACCACACAAUAUAAAUAAUUCAAAAAAUAUUACAAGAAGUGGAGCGACAUUUAGGUGAUCAACCCCUUCCCACAUGCAACAAAGAUUUAGAAAAUGAAGGAAUGGGUAUACUUAUACUCUUCAAUGGAUAGUAGCCACACGUUCAAAUUCAUAUGUUUGCAUGUAUAAAAAAGAGAAUUAAGAUAGUAAUAGUGCAGAUCUGUAUAUAUGAUGUAUAAAUGGCACCUUUCAUUCAGUGCUACUCAACACAUUUAUACACUUAAUCAUUUUAAUCAUAGAACAAAUACAUCUACACAUAAAUCAUUAAAAGUUAUAAGGUGCACAAUAAUUAAAUAAAACAAGAUUGGUAAACAGAUAACUGCUUACUAGAUAUGGUGGUGAGUGCAACGGUAUAUGUACCCGUGACUCACAAACACGCUUUCCCACACUGGGAGAUGUCUCAUACGAGGUUAGUCAGGCGAGGUAUAAAAUGGAGUCCAUAUCGCCAGCUGAUCCGCUCUAUUGCAAUCGCUGUUCAAAUUUAUUUGAUUAAGUGCAGGUAGAUUACAUUUCUGUUUCCAAACUCCAACUGGCAAGCUCAGUAAAUAAUCCUCAGUACACUGAUGAGUUCAGAGUUGUUGAAGUAUGACAGUUUCUAUAACCUUCAAUGCCUUUAUCAAGAUAUAGUGCAAUUUAGUUUGCAGAACACAAGCACCGAACAUACAAAUAGAGGUUUCCUUUAGCAUAAUCACACAGAAUAUCACAAACUAAUUAGUUACAUCAUCUUCCCCUAUGGCCAAUUGUUUGUGUAUUUUUUUAAAUUUUAUUUUUAAACCAUCCUUAUUUGAACAUGCUUGGCAAUUUUGUUGUAUUUUCCACUUUAUAGUCUAAAUAAGCGGCAUCAAUUCGUACAUAAGUGGAAGCCCCCAGCUAACCUAAUCUGCCAAUCUAUAGUGAAUUACUCCCCUCCAACCACCAAAGUAAUCCUGGGGGUUGGGCUACGGCUGCUUCUCCAUUCUGCUUGCUUUUUCUUCCCAACACUUGUUGGAGUUUCUAUUUACCCUUCCCCCUCUUGUCAACCCAGUCAUCUCAAGUUCAUUAGUUGCUGCUAUCCAUCCUGCAAACACACAGGGUUAUUAAUUGAAGCGUGAAUUGUCAUAACGGUCAGUUUUAAAGCCACAGUAGCCGUAAUGAAAACAUAGCUGACUUUUUUCAAUUUUUAUUUCAGUGACUAACUCUGACAGUGAAAAUGAAGUGCUGUUAUGUGGAGUGGUAGAGUUAUCCUAAAAUAGGGACAAAAUUGAUAAAAUAAAAAAAUGUCAACACGGUUUAAAAAAAAAAA